CCUCGUUGACUUCCUCCAGAGGAGAACUAAAGGUACUUUACGACCUUGUGGAAGAAUUAAUGCGAAGAGGGCGACGCGAUUUUCAUCGAGUGCGACGGCGAUGAUGCAGAAGCUUACGAGAAAAUGGCGGCAAUCUCCUCACGAAGAAGGCGACAGAUUCUCCCUCCCUACUCGAGACGAUUCUCGACCUCUGCACUCUCACGAACAAGAGGAAUUGGUUCGAACGUUAGAGAGUGCUCAAGCUCAACAAUCUUUCAUGUGGAGGAGGGUUUUUGCCGGGCUUCUGUUCUGCUAUGUGGGGUUCCUCAUUUUCUCAAUCUAUCAGCAGGCGUAUUAUCCAUGGGAAUUGCGAUAUCAUGCUUACUUUAUGCAUGAAGCUGACCCCCGGAGCAUCAUUGCUGCAGAAUGGACUGCUAUUUUGGUUUGCCUAAUGACCAUGAAGGGUAUAAUGCAUCAUUCGAAGUACCAAAGGCAUUGGCUUUGGGGUUCCUGCUGCACUGGCGCAUUGUUGGCAGUAUUCUGGUUGCAUCAUAUGCUGAGAUUGGCGAAGUUUCGAUGGGAUAUUUUAUGGCUUCCCUUCGGGCCACUAAGCGUAGCUGCGAUAUGCCUGUACGUGAACGCUUUACUCACUGAUUCCUCCGAAGAGGUGAGAAAGCUUCGGAGUUACAUGUAUUCGUACAAGGCAAGUUAGUGGAUGUGCACUGAUUUGGAUUCAUAAAGAAACCAUUUUGAAACGGCAUUCGAAAUUACAUCAACGAUGAGAUAAUUCUGGAAUCUGGACCAUCAUAUAGAUCAAGUGUGACACUCAUGACAAGUAGCUACCGCUUUUUGCUCUCAAAUCAUCAAGGUGCACAAUACAUCAGUGGUUGCAUAUUCUGGAAACAUAGUGGCAUGCAUUGUAGGUUUUUUUCUUCUUGAAAUCUCUAUUCUCUAAACUGAAUUGUGGUGGAUUGUGAGUGCUCUGUGAUUUGGGUCUAGUUACUCAUUGAGAUUAUGCAAAUUCUAAGUGGAAACUGCACUUUCUUCAUUCUUGUGUGUCUGAGAAAGAACCUCUAAGUCAUACCUUAUGGAAACUGCACUUUCUUCAUUCUUGUAAACCCAGCAUUGCCCUUCGAUAAAUAGAGUACUUAGAAGCAUUGAGGUGUGAGU